AAACUUGUUGACGUGCUGCGAUAAAUUUCCCCAAACUAUUUUGUAAUAGAAAUCAAUGUAGUAACAAAUAUGUUUGUUGUAAAUAAAAAAUACCAUACCGUGACGAUAAUUUUGAUAUUGUGUGUGAUUAGGACAAAUUCUCAGAAAUCUGAUCUCAAAAGUGAUGUUAAAAACGCAACAGUAUUAAAGGUGGAACAUAACAGCAGCUUGAACGUGACAAAACAUGAAAACAAUGUUAAACUUGGUAAUAUUACCAAUACAAAUACUACAAGGGAAGAAUUGAAACCCCAGCAUCAAGGAAGAGAGAAUGUUAUAGAUAACCCCCAAACCAAUAUAACUAUAACAACCGCCCCCAACAGUACACAGAGUGAAAUUAAAGCGAAUAAAACUGAACCUGUACAUAAAUCCGUUGUGCCAAAAAAAGGGGUGAGUUUCGAUUUACCCCCUUCAACGCCCAAAGCAAACAAAACCACUACGACUACUACAACUACCGCCAAAAUACCUCACAAACCGAAAAUAACGCAAAUAUUCUACGAUGAGAUCCCAGAAGACCCCAAGAAAGUGCAAACAUCCAAAACUGUGACCUACCACGAUGAUCCGUAUUCUAUAAGGGAAAGCCACAGUGCAGACUAUGUAAUACCUAUAAUAGCAGUGAUAUUAUCUGUGCCACUUGUGGCAAUCGUCAUAUCAAUGCUGUACAAACGGGGUGCAGACUGGUGGUCUCAUAGAAAUUACAGGAGGAUGGAUUUUUUGAUCGAGGGGAUGUAUAAUAACUGAAUGUAUAUAAUAAUAGAUCUGUAAUUAUCUUGUGUGUAUGUAUACAUAAGAUGUAAUGCAUUUGUACAUUUUGUAAGUAUUUCCUUCCAUAAAAUUGUUAAGUAAGUGCCUUAUUAUGAUGCAAUAACUAUUGUGAUAUAAAGAGAUAAUAAAUAGUUGUAUAAAUUUAUUUUUUGUACUGUAAUAAUUAACUUUAUCUACUCCUACAUUUAAUACUCUAUUGUAUUAGGUUACUUAAUGCAUUAAAUUGGGAAAGAGUGAGGUUAAAACCGUUUGACAGAUGUUAAAUGGUAAAAAGUAAGGUUAAAACCGUAAUCCUGAAAAUAUAUUUUUGUAGUAUUAUUAACAAUGACUUAAUUGAUUUUUUUCGGAGAUUUACCAAAAUGCGCUUUUUUAUCAAAACAACUUGUAAAUAGUUUUUAAUUUACCUA